AUGGACAACAAAAUGUCUUUCAACAGUACGCCGGCUGUAAACAGCAGCUUCCCCUGGUAUAAGGAAAGGCUACAGACCAAAUAUCUAAGGGAUCUAAGCAAAAAGCAACAAUUAUCUGGGGCACUAGAUGGUCGUAGAUGGCGUUUUCUGUCUCCUGGACUGGAUGAUUUUAGAGAUGGUUAUCCAACUGUCCAUAAGGAGCUCUUCACCCAGUGUAAGUGUGGGAUCUACCCUGCAGUCUUUGGGAUGCCAAAGCAUGCUUGUUCAGUAAAGUUACCGCAGAAGAGAUUGAGUAAAGAUCAAGCAUGUUACUCAAAGCAGAAUCCACAGAGUCAGUCGCAGCGUGAGUUCAUUAAUGCCGUGGAGCACAGACUGAAACAACACCCUUUGGCCCUCUAUCCACAUCUGGAGAGUGGAAUGACACCAGAGGGUGGAAAGAGCAAUGAUCUGACAGAGUCAACCAUCUUGGACCUGUUUAAGAGUGACUACGAGAAGAAAACCUCCUUGUCCUUCCCUAUUAACAAGACGGAUCCUGAUAAAGCUCCAGCAAAACUCUACAGCUCUGCAGAGGAACAUCGGAAAGACCAGUCUCUUGACAUAUGCUUUAAGGAGUUGAACAAGGAUAAGGAGCUACAGCAAAUUCACAUCAUUCAGGCAUUCAGGGAGUUCAUUAUCAGCAAGGGACAGAGAAUGCCAAGGGUAAUUCACUCCAGUUACUCAGUGCUGUCUUGA